AUGGAGUUAUAUGAAGCUUUGAGGAGGAGGAGGAGGAGGAACUUUAUAAUUAUCUUAGUUGAUAUUUGGGAUGGUGUUUCUCUGCAAAAUGUGGGCAUUCCUGAGGCUGGUAAUGAUUCGAAAAUUGUGUGGACCACCCUUUCCAGAGCAGUUUGUCAUAUCAUGGAGAGCGACAGAGAAAUUGAAGUAAAGGGCCUUACUCCUGAAGAAGCUUGGAGCUUGUUCAAGGAAAAAGUUGGUGGUGAAGAUAUUAUUUUACCUGAAAUUAAGCCAAUUGCAGAAUUGGUAGCCAGGGAAUGUCAAGGGCUGCCACAGAGAAAUAUGUUUUUGGGAGCCUUAAAUUCAGUUACAACUGGUUGA